AUGCGCUCUAGCGAUGCAUUCAGUUUCUCUUACAACCCCGGGGACAACUCCGCGAUAAUUUCCAAGCGAGCCAUCUUGUCCGAUACUUCCAAACUUUAUGAUCCCCUCGGUCUAGUAGGUCCAGUCGUCGUGCGGGCAAAGCUAAUUUUACAAGAGCUUUGGCAGCUGGGUAUCGACUGGGACGAAUCGGUUCCGCAAGAGCUUCACGCGCGGUGGUCAGAGCUCAAAGCACAAAUGAUUGAUAUUAAUCGACUAAGCAUCCCGCGAUGUAUCAAGCAUGUCGCAUCCCCCGAUUCCAGUCAAAUACACGGCUUUUGCGAUGCAAGCCAACGGGUCUAUGGAGCUUGUGUAUAUAUCCGGUCGGAAAUCGGGGAAAAUACGUAUCAAAUCGAGCUACUAUGCUCAAAAUCUCGCGUAGCCCCCCUCAAAGCGCUAUCACUUUCGCGCCUUGAGAUUUCGGCGGCGCUACUAUUAACCAGGUUAAUUCAGAAAAUUCGGUCGACAUUCGAUUUAACCGUCAUCCGAACAUAUUGUUGGUCGGAUUCUACGAUUGUUCUCAACUGGAUAUCCUCCCCGUCGCGAAGAUGGGCAGUUUUCGUCGCUCAUAGGGUGGGAGAAAUUCAAAACUAUACCAAUCCCGACGAUUGGCAUCAUGUAAAAUCGACCGACAAUCCAGCGGAUCUCCUGUCACGCGGUCUCGACCCACAGGAACUAAUAAGCUCUCGUAUGUGGUGGCAUGGGCCUAGCUACCUACAGCAUAACUCUAGCUUUUGGCCCGAUUCCGGUUUCACGCGUUCCCUGGAGAACAUUCCCGAACAAAGGAAGUGCUUCACGGCCGUCGCCGUGUCCGAUUCUUUAAUUGUGCACCAGUUACUGCGCGACCAUUCAAAGCUCAGUAAAGCGUGUCGCAUACUCACAUAUUGUUUAAGAUUUUUCAAAUCGCAUCGUCCGAGCGAACCUACAAUUUUCGUGCCCCCCCAGGGCAUACUAACCGCACUGCAAAUUAUGUGCAAAUCCAUACAGCGUCAAGUCUUUUCCGCAGAAUACAAGAACCUUCAGGAAGGUCGCACCCUUCAUACAACAAGUAACGUACUAGCUUUAUCCCCAUUCAUUUGUAGCGAUGGUUUAAUACGAGUGGGUGGCAGACUAGUAAAUUCGGAGCUCAGCUCUGACGCGCGUCAUCCAAUUUUAUUGCCACGCGAUGACAUUUUAACUCAGCGUAUAAUAGAGCAAGAGCACGAGCGCAACGCUCACGCCGGCGCGCAAGCUACAAUGGCAGCAGUAAGGCAGCGUUUCUGGCCAAUUUCUCUAAGAUCCGCCACUCGAAAGGUGAUCAGAAAUUGUGUAACAUGUUUUAGAAGCAAGCCCGUGCAAUCUGAAACAAUUAUGGCAUCGUUGCCUACCGAACGAGUUAAUGCUUCGCGAUCGUUUACGCACUGCGGCGUCGAUUACGCAGGCCCAUUCAUCUUGCGAGAAUCUAAAGCACGCAAUGCUCGCACGCGUAAGGCUUAUUUGGCUGUCUUCGUAUGCUUCGCCACUAAGUGCGUGCAUCUCGAACUGGUUAGUGACCUCACGGCUGAGACAUUUAUAGCCGCACUAAAGCGAUUCGUGUCUCGCAGAGGAAAGCCGUCUUGCAUUUAUUCCGACAAUGGAACGACGUUCGUGGGUGCUCAUGGUCAGCUCAAAGAGUUCUUUAAUAUUUUACGCGACGACCAAACGCAAACACAAAUAGCUAAUUCCUUGCGAGAACACGAAACUACAUGGAAAUUCAUUCCUCCCAACACGCCUCAUUUUGGCGGUUUGUGGGAGGCUGCAGUCAAAGCCGCUAAGCGUCAUCUUAUCCGAAUAGUCGGGAAGACAUCCUUGUCUUUCGAAGAAUUACAAACAAUUUUUUGCGAAGUAGAGGCCAUUCUAAAUUCACGCCCUCUCACUCCGUUAACCGAAGAUCCUAACGAUCUUAGUUAUUUGACCCCAGGACAUUUCUUAAUUGGCACCGCGCUGAAUAGUUUCCCUCAUCCGGAUUUAACUAAUGUAAAUGAGAAUAGGCUAAUACGUUGGCAGCGUGUCGAACAAGUCAGACAACAUUUUUGGCGCAGGUGGAGCCAAGAAUAUCUGCAUACCCUCCAGGAGCGAUCCAAGUGGAGGACAAACAAGGGUGAUCAGCUGACACCCAACCAAAUGGUGCUCCUGAAGCAGCCGAACCUAGCACCUUUCCAGUGGUUGUUGGGUCGCGUUGAAGAAGUUCAUCCAGGAACUGAUGGCAACGUGCGGACCGCUACCGUCCGUACCACAAAGGGUCUUUUCACUAGACCAUUAACCAAGCUUGCUAUCUUACCAAUAGAAACCUAG